AUGACCUUUGCUAUGAAUUUCACAAGUGUCGUGCCUGGUAUGCUGCUGCACCAGGUGACACCCGAAGCCUUUAUUCCUGGCUAUGCCUUGCUUCAUCAUCUUGUUAUCUCCUGUUUUAAUACCGAUAUGUCCUCGUAUGUGCUUGCCUUCGCCGCAUCUAUAGCUUUUUGCAUGUACGCUCUACAGGUAUUCUGGGAACGUUUUCGAUCGUUACUCCUGCGCCUUGCCGAGUCAGUUGAGAUUUCGUACCGGGACGAAUUGUACGAUCAAGUCAUCCGCUGGAUUUCGAGCCAUCCUAGUUUGACUCAAACACAACGAUCUACGGCCGCUACAAGAUUGGACGUUAUCCCAUCUUGGAACACAGAUGAAAAGGAAGAGAAUCUUUCCAGUAAAGAUAAUGCAAAACUGGAAAGGAAUCCGCGAGAGUUUUGGAUGGAACAAAAGCUCCGAGAUAAAUUGGGUCGAAUUUACUUCACGCCUGCGGCUUUCCAGACUAGUUUCUUCAAAUACAACAGGCGGUUGUUCGCCUUUAGUCGGCAACCACAAAAAGACACCUUCGGUUCAUGGGCUACGAGAGGGGAAAAGCUGUAUUUCUAUACAGCCCCGUGGAAUAAACAGGCGCUUAGAGACUUUCUCGCGGACAUCCAAAAAUCUGUUGCUGAAAAGGAUAACGAUACUCUGGCAAUACGUCGAGCUCUCAAAUACGGUUCCGAUUUCCGAUGGACACUUGCUAUGUCCAAACAACCGCGACGACUAUCAACAAUUGUUUUGGAACAAAACCUGAAGAACCAGAUUAUCAAUGAUGUCCAAGAUUAUCUUCUCCCUAGUACCCGGAAAUGGUACCAGUCGAGAGACUUCCCGUAUCGACGGGGUUAUCUUUUUCAUGGCCCUCCCGGUACAGGAAAAUCAAGCUUCUGCCUCGCCAUUGCCAGUCUGGUUCAACUUGAUAUUUAUGUCAUAGACCUUACUGUGAAUGGCCUGGACGACAACGCUUUAGCUUUUUUGUUUCAAUGUCUCCCAAAGAGGUGUAUUGUUCUUUUCGAAGAUGUGGAUCAGGCCGGCAUUGAGAAAAGGAAGUCAGAGAAACCUUUCGGCGAAAUAUCGGAAGAGACGAAUAGCGAAGAAGAUAUUGUUGUCGAGGCCCAAGACCGCAAGCGACCAUUGAAUAGUAUCACGCUUGCUGGAUUACUCAAUGUCAUUGAUGGUGUAUCUGCACAUGAGGGUCGUAUUUUAAUUAUGACUACCAAUCAUAUCCAUCAACUUGAUCCCGCUCUGAAACGCCCAGGUCGGGUAGAUAUGGAAGUCUUCCUUGGCUGUGCUGGAUGGUUUGCCAUAGCAGAACUAUUUCUUCUUAUGUACUCGGAGCCUGCAGACAGAAAUUUCAUGGCAACGCAAACGCCGAAUGGCUCCAUCUACCCAUUGAGCCAACCAGCAUCUCCAAACUGGAGCCCAAGUGACAUCGCUAAUCUGUCUACGGUAUUCGCAGAUAAGGUUCCUUCAAAUUAUUACACUGCGGCAAAGAUCCAAAAUUUUCUUCUACCAUAUAGAAGCGAUCCAUGGCUAGCAGUGGCAGAUGUAUCAGAAUGGACAUAUAAACACCUCCGUCUUGGUUUGCGUGAAAGUCUUCACACCUUGGAGACUUCGUGUGGUCGAUUUAAGGUUGACGGCACUUACUAUCAACUCAAUAUAAGUGCCCUUAUAUUUUUAUGGUCGUACCACGAAGCGACUAGUUACCUUCAACCUCGUGUUCUUCUUCUUCAGUAUACUGUUGCUGAGGAUAUGCCCAUGUUUUGGAUGGCACCUACAGAUACGGUCAGUAGAGAAGAUGCGAGCUUGCAAGCUGCUCUUGAACGACUGGUUGUUACCCAGACUGGCCUGCAACUGUCAAAGACUGUUUACGAUGUUCCUCUUCGAUGGUCUACGGACCAACUUAACUUUCCCUUCAUUAUUCAUACUUCUUCGCAAGAGCCAGGGUGGGAGGAUGAGAUAGUGAUCAACCGGGAAAUGUAUCACGGAUAUGAAUGGGUGACAGAGGAUAAGUUGAGGAAUAGAGAGUACUGCUGCUCCCAUGAAGAGAAAAGCACUAUACUAAAAGCAUUCUCAAUUGUCAGGGAGAAAGAUUGUGAUUCGUUCUGA